AUGAGGGGAAGAAGCUACAGCUACAGUCCUUCUCCGCCAAGAGGUUACGGAAGAAGAGGUCGUAGCCCUAGCCCUAGAGGACGUUACGGAGGGCGUGGAAGAGAUCUUCCUACUAGUCUUCUGGUCCGAAACCUUCGCCACGAUUGUAGGUAAGCUAUUUUGGCUACUGCUUUCCGCACCCAAUAGUCUCUUGUCUUCGUAUGUAUUCUCUCGGUCAGAUGCAUAUGCGUCGUAAACUACCGGUCUCAGAUAGGUGUCUCCGCCUGUGAAUGUUUAAACUUGAAUCAAGACGGGCAUACAGUUGACGUUAGGGGAUUGCUGUUGAAAAUUCUCUACAUGAUUGGGAUAUUUUUCUCCCAAUAUGUUUAUUUUAUAUUACUUGAUCUCAUAGUUGAUCGUGCAUUGGUUUGUCGUAGGUCCUUAUUACACGCCUCUUUUUGUAGACCAUAUAACAUAAACUUAUGCAAGUGAUUAUUAUUCAACUAUUUUCUCCAACUGUCGGUGGAAAUUUUAGCCUCGGGCAAUGCUUUUGGCGGUUGUGAUAUGUUUUCUAUGCUGGACUUCAAGCUUUCUAUCAGACACGCUUUUUUUCAUAGAUGCGAAGAUUGUCUUUUGAUUUUUGGAAAUCAUCUGUGGCGUACAGUCUAAGCUUUUUAAUGCUCAUGCAGGCCUGAUGAUCUUCGAAGGGCAUUUGGUCAGUUUGGUCCUAUUAAGGAUAUAUAUUUGCCACGUGAUUACUACACCGGGUGAGUAGCACUGAUGGCACCAUGUUGCAGGGUAGUGCGAUCUUUCAGUGAUGUUCAGGAAUUAUUUUCUGUCGCUGACUGUUUUAUCGGCAAUUUAUUGUCUGAUUACUGAAACAAUGACCUUCCUCUUUUCUCCAUAUUUAAUGUGAUGCCGGUUCUGUUAGGAUUUUAUAUAUGUUUUCGCAGUUGACAUUUGUGUCAAUUCCCCAAUAUAGCUCGCUUGUUUUGCUGAGUACAUUGCACAUGUUUAAUUGCAAUUCCAAAUUCGCUAUCUUAGGUUUGGUUCUCAGUUUCUUGGAUUCGACGUUUGUUUUCAUCAUCUUCUAUUUCACUUUUUGUUAAGUGCAUAUCAGCCCCUUGUUGAAAGCAUUACAUUAUGCAUAAAGUGGAUGAUGAUCAUUGUUAUAGCAGAACAGAAAGGCACCCAGCUCGUAGCAUACACCAACACUGCAUCCAUCUUUCCAAGCGUAUUAUGCCCUCCUGUCUCACAUGUUUGAUGCCUUUGAUAACUUAGAAUUAUGUUGGAUUUGAACGCAUUUUAUAAUCUCACGAUGCCAACUAGCAAGUGGCAUCUAGAUUUUUGGGCCAGAUGGUAACGCUUGCAUUCCUACCCAACUCUCUCUCUCUGUCCUCUGGUAUAGCUGAUGUUGGUCAGUGUUUGGCCACAUUGAGGGAUAAACCUGUUCUGUCCUGUCCCUGCCCUGCCCUGCCCUGCCCUGCGGGAUUUGGUCUUUGAUUCCGAAGCCGACUCCAGGCGAUUUCUCAUCAGUCUACAAUCCAGGCUUGGUUUGGCCUAGCUUUUGGCAUCUGCUGACGUACCUGCAAGCUUUGAUAUUUGUUGUCCAGCGCAGACUCCCUGUUUUUUGCUCUACGAGAUGGUUAAUCUGCUUGCUCUCACGCUGUCAUGAGCUCUUUUAAUUUGUCGACAUGUAACAUUCUUCAGUAUGUGCCUUUUUGUUUUGAAUUGUGUGUUGGAUUCAUUUAUUAAGGCUCUUGAGAUUUAACAGCCGAAAUAAAGUUGUGAAGACAUCUAUCAAGUAUAAGGGUCCUUUUGAAGAGGAUGUUAUGUGUUUGUGAAGAAGAUAUUGGCCGGUGAGAUGGGAAGAAGUUGGGUUUGAAGUUGUACGUUUUCAAGAGAUUCGGGUCUUGAAGAAUUUGAAGUCAUCUUUAAUCUCUGAAGAGUGAAAGGUCAGCAGCCUAGUGCUUGCUUUACUUGAAUUACACCAAGAAAAUACACCCCCCCCCCCCCCCGGCGAAAAAAAAGGCAUUUUUUCUCCGCUUUGACUUGGCCCGAAUCAUGAACCCCGCAGAAUGAUUUUGCUCUCGUCAAUUUCCUCAUUUCACUGAAGUUUCGCAGUUGUAUUGACUUUCUAUUCCAUUUCUGACGUGAAACCUUCGUCCGUUCCCCUUUUGCAGAGAUCCACGAGGGUUCGGCUUCGUCCAGUUUGUGGACUCGGCCGACGCGAAUGAAGCCAAGUACCAGAUGGACGGGCAGAUGCUGCUCGGGAGGGAGCUGACUGUCGUAUUCGCGCAGGAGAACCGGAAGAAGCCAUCAGACAUGAGGGCAAGAGAGAGAGUGAGGUGAGCACACCCACCCACCCACCCUUCAACGUUGAACCCACCAUCUUCCUUCAUCUCGCUCUCUCUCCCUCUCUCUCUGUCAGCAGCAGCAGAGGAAGAGACAGCCGCCGGGAGCGCUCUCUGUCUCGCUCCCCGCGGUACUCUCGCUCACCGCGCGCGGGGAGGUCCCGCAGCCGCAGUUAUGACUCUCCUUCGCCGAGGAGACGGCACUCCAGGUGGGUCCCAUCCUCAACAAAGCUUGUAGCGCCUCUCUCUCGCUCUUGUUUCUCUCUGAUCAUCAUCGUUCUAAUGGGCAAUGAGCAGGUCGGUUUCGCCGAGCAGGAGGAGCCACAGAGGAGGAUCGUUCUCGCGCUCUCCCUACGGGUCGAGGAGCAGGAGCCCCCCGCCGCCCGCUGAGGACAACUCGAGGAGAGCCCUGCGGAGGGAGCGUUCCGUCUCGCCGAGCGAGUGA